GUGCUGGUGAUCUCACUGGUGACCCCUUCGGUUACGUCACUGGCGUCUUGGCUGUAAUCAUCCACGCCUCCUACCUGGUUCUGAUCCAGAAAACCAGUCUGGACAGCGAGUACGGGCCGCUCACUGCGCAGUAUGCCAUCGCCAUCAUGGCCACACCGGUGCUGCUGGUGUGCUCCGUCAUCUCCAUGGACGCAGUCAACAUGUGGUCGUACGAGGGCUGGAAUGACCCUCACAUCACCGUCAUCUUCACCUUCUGCAUCUUCAUCGGCUGCGCCAUGAACUUCACCACGCUGCACUGCACCUACAUCAACUCAGCCGUCACCACCAGCUUCGUCGGCGUGGUCAAGAGCAUCGCCACCAUCACCGUCGGCAUGCUGGCGUUCAGCGAUGUCGCGCCAACCGGGCUGUUCAUCGGCGGCGUGGUGGUGAACACCGUCGGCUCCAUCACCUACUGUGUGGUGAAAUACUUUGAGACAAAGAAGAAGAGCUUGUACGAGGAUCUCGAGGAGGCGGGGAAGGAUGCCACGCUGCCCGGGGAGCCUUACCAAGAGAAGCCACCGCUGAACGGCAGCGGGCCUGCCGACGGAUUUGAUCCGGGACAAUCUGAGGUAGAAGGAGUGUUGAGCAGUGACGGGAAGGCGGAGGCUCCGACGGCACAUUUGACUAACGGAGAGGUGUGGGCGGGAGACGGUGGGCAAACAGGCGGAGACGGAGGCGCGAAUUCUCGUGUCAUGACGGAACAAGAGGUGCUGGAGAUGCAGCGGGAGCACCUCCACAAGGAGAGCACCACCCCUGGUCAGUCGAUCAGUGACAGCUAUGUCGGGGUGUGGAGGUCCAUCAGGCACCUGCAGUUCAUGAAGAAAGAACCUUUGAUCGAUAACAUGGAGCAGCAGAGUCCGUAGGGCGGGACAGAGACCUCGACAGACUCUAGAGAAGAACACAGGAAAUAAAGUCUGCUGAAGAAACCAGCAGAGAAGAAAAUGACAGACUGAACCUCCACUGUUUGUCCACCGGGAACCUCUUUUAUUAGCUUCAGCAGUGCUUAACAAAUGCUUGUUGGUCAUGCUGUUGCUGUGAUACCUCAAUGAAAGCUUUUGUGCUAAAAGCUCAAUAUCAUCGUCCAGGACUGAAGAACCGGCAGUAAAAAGCAAGAAGCAGAAAGUCAUUUCCUUUGUUUAUGAUGAGAGAGAAAAGAGGUUCCCGGUGGAGAGAAGUGGAUGAAGAGUUUUGGGAGAAGCUGCCUGUCAGUGAUUAAUUCUGCCUCUCGUCUCCUUCAGCUCUGCGGCGUGCAGCGGGGACCAGGCAGGCCACGGCGAGCAUGAUUCGGUUUGCGUCCCCGCUGAUUAGCCAGCUAGCCAAACUAAAGCAGGUCUUGUAGAAAAAGAGCGCAUCUUGUGCAAACUCAAAUAUCAUCUCCAAUCAGGGAAGAGCUGAAGACACCUGAACGUUUGUGUUUUGUGUUUUACCACCUGGGUGGAUUCUAACUGGCUGUGGGUGUGCAAGUAACUAGUUGAUGGCUGUGUUCACUCUGGGUUUGUAUGUUUGACUCUCUAAACGAGUUCUGUGUUUCUGUGUCAGCCCCGUUCUGAUGGAAAAAGAAUAAUAAUAAUGCGGCAUCA